UCGCUCUCGGCCUGAGGCACCAUUUUCUUCUCACACACUUGCACUUAUUGGCUAACUGAAAUUGACUUAAUUGUUCUGGAAGAUGAAGAAGGUUUCUGGUUCAUUCCUAUGUGUGGUGGUGAUGGUGGCGGCAAUGAUGCUUAUGACAGAGGUGCGCUUGUCAAAUGCAGCGACAUGCAAUCCUGCGGCACUGAGCUCAUGCCUGCCGGCGAUCUCGUCGUCGACACCGCCAUCAAGCACUUGCUGCACCAACUUGAAGCAGCAGAAGCCGUGCUUUUGCGAGUACCUGAAGAAUCCAAGCAUGAAGCAGUAUUUAAACUCACCCAGUGCCAGAAAGGUGGUUAGCACGUGUGGGGUUGCCAUCCCUGCUUGCUAGAGAAGUAAAUAAAAAUGAAGCUCCCCUUCUAGAAAUAUUAGCUACACUUGUUUAUCAGUAGCAGACUCAUAUGUUAUGUUAUAUUAUGAAAUGGGGAGUUUAGCUCAUGCAUGUAGUUUUAUGGAAUAAAAUAUGGAAGCCUUGAUUACACAGCUUAUGAGUAAUCAGCUCCCUAAUUUAAAUAAUAUCGUCUUUAAUUAAAUAUAUGUGUUAUCUUUAUUGUUUUUACA